CAAAAGUGAGAUACUUAAAGGGUUGAAGUAGAGAUUUCGUUCCCGUCGUCCUUUGUAAAAAAGUACGUUGUGGCUUCCUUUGGGGCAGCUGUGUCUGACAGGUGUUUAGGGGAAGAGCAUUCGCUUUCAGAGGUGAAUAGUUGUGUUGUGGCCUAUGUGAUAUGUGCUUACAGUCACCUUGUGUGCAAAUACACCACUUAUCUGCGUGGGAAGUGUAUUGAGUGCCACAGCUCGUUUGUUCGGAUGAGUUUGUGCUGGUAUUUCGAGACUAAACAAUUACAUAAUUGGGCAGCUGCGUUAAUACAGCAAUCAGCGACGUGGCGUUCAAUGGUAACUACACUGGAAUACUUUCAGAGAUGUGAGUUCAACAUAACGAAAUAUGAGAUCGCCGUCACCUUGAACACUGCGCCAGGAUACAGAAAGCCCUCAUUAUGAAGAGCUGGAUGCAGGUAGCUACGUUAAUAACAUGGAUUGCUACUGUCAGUAUCCUUGUCCGUCGAGUUACAGAAGAGAGACCCAGCGCCGUCACGCUCAACGACAACAGCGUAGCUAGCAGCCUCGUCCAGAAAAUCGAGACGGUCUUGUCUGAAAAUGAGAAUCUAAAAGCCGCCAUCUUUGACGAAAUGAGAAUGUCCUUGAAUGCAGUGCCUGGUCGGAACGGUCCCAGGAAGGAACAACCAGAUGAUGACCUUCUCUGGGGCGGGGAUAAGGCCGCCAGACGAGCCGUGUACUUGCUGGAUAACUUCUGGUUCUAUUUGAGAGAUAAACUCGACCGGGUGCAUGACAUCAGAAGCCGAAGCCAACUAAAACAGACGGUCGAUCACAUGCGCAAAACUGUAGACCAAUAUCAUUGGAGGGUCAAGCACAAACUGAAGGAGAUACAAGAUGGAGACGGUAGAGAGAAGAAAAAGCGAGUCAUCAUGAAUGAGCUCGGUCAGAAAGUCCAGAGACGUCUUGCCUAUAUACAGAAUCCUAAGCAUUGCCCCACUGCACGGAAGUACAUUUGUUCCCCGAAGCAAUGCGGGUAUGGUUGCCAGUUGCAUCACAUGGCGUACUGUCUCAUCAUGGCGUACGUCUCCAACAGGACCUUGGUCGUAAAUACGCUUGACAGGAAGACUCAGUCCUGGACGCCAUUUUUUAAACCACUCAGCGAAACUUGUUUGAAGUCAUAUGAUGGAAACGCUGUGGUCGAAUGGAAUGAUGUCAAGGACAUCUCUGAGAAGAGAGAACCAGACAAUGUGGAGAUCUUGCUGCCUUCCCUUGACAACAUGCUUUUUCGUCCGGACUAUCUCCCCCUAGCUAUCCCAGCAGACCUUGCGCCAAUAUUACAACGUUUCCAUGGGAAUCCAAUCACUUGGUGGAUAGGUCAAGUUGCAAAGUAUUUGACAAGAUUCGAUGACGAAACCGAGCGUAACGUUGAAGAAUAUGAAAAGACAAUCAAAUUUACAGGACCAAUAGUUGGGGUUCACGUGCGCCGUACAGAUAAACUUGACCGGGAAGCAGCUUUUCAUUAUCUUGAUGAAUACAUGGCGUAUGUAGAGGACUACUUCAACGGCCUUGACAUUCAAACAGGGUCGAAGGUCGAAAGAAAGGUGUACCUAGCAACGGAUGAACCUACAGUCAUCAAUGAAAGUAAACGGUACAGGAAUUAUACUUUCAUCUAUAAUAUGGACAUCAUCCGCAAGGCUGAGAGAGUCGCUGGGUCCCCUAGUGUUAUGACUGGAAUCGUUUACGACAUACAUUUCCUUUCUAAAUCGGAUUUUCUUGUGUGUACGUUCUCCUCACAGGUAUGUCGCGCAGCAUAUGAAUUAAUGCAGACUAAACAUGUCGAUGCUUCGUCCAAUUUUCGAUCACUUGAUGAUGUUUAUUAUUAUGGAGGUCAAGGUCCGCACAGGAUGACUGCAGUGGAAGACCACGAAGCGCUGAGUAACAAGGAAUUAAGUGUAAUGAAGGGUUCUGACGUGUACAUCGCCGGAAACACCUGGACCGGCGACGUGGUGGUGAGGAACCACGGUUACUCUACAAAUGGUCUUGUCCCAGCUUAUAAGGUGGCGGACAUCGUGGAGACUGCCCAGUGUCCGCUUUAUGAAGAGGUUGACACGACCGGUUCAUAAUGGAAACAAACAAUAACGUUCUCCAAAAAAAUAUAUCUAUGCAAAAAUUGUUAUUGAAAUAUGCACCACGGAAAUGACAGCAAUGUAAUUGUCUGGAAUAUUUCAAACAGGGUUAUCUAUGAGGUUUUUUUUUACCGAUGUUGGUGUUUUUUUACAUACUUUUUCAGAAAAACAAUUUGUGGUCCCAGUGCAUUUGCGUUCUACUGGGAUCAUUCGCCACCACUCGCAUCUUUCCGUAACCAACAAGGGGUCUGUCCCGGAAUGACAUGUGUUGGUCACGAAUGUUAUCGGAAUGUGUGCAGGAGGCGGUCGCCUCACUCAGUUGCGCCCCUUAGCAAGAUCUGCGGAUCAUUGGUAAUGAUUCUAGAUUCGCCCCGAUUAUGCGUUCAGGGAGUCUGAAAUCUGCUAAUCUGCUGCAGGAGACUUGGCCCAAAAAGGUUUCACUAUGUAUCCGUGUCUGAUGAAAGUCGCGCUUGACUGAGUAUAGCAACAUUCCAGCAAUAUAGAUGUGUUGGACAACUGGACUAUGAAAUCGUGAUCCUAGGGAAAAAGACAAAAGCUUUUAGUCAUGCGACAGUGGAAUUGCAUUGAUAAACGUGAAUAUCAUCGCUAUUCCAGCUAUUUGCCCGAGCCUGACCACCAAAGGUUGUUGGAUUGUUUCCACGCCGGUCGAGCAGUUGAAUUUAACCUUUGCACAAUUGUUAAUCUUCUGGCUUGGGUUGUAUACUCCCCAGGGAGCUGAUAAUGAUUCUUGAGUGCACAAUGAUCCUGUGACCGGGGUAAUAAUAGCGCUUUCAGCAUGCCCCUGAGUGGUGUGGAAAUGUGCGCAACAUGAAAAGCCUAUUAUUAAUAUUAGAUAAUUCAUUACUUAAACUCAAGACAAUGUAUGCAUAUGGAAGGCAUGUUUAUCAGAACUCUUAAUGAAAGGAAAGAUGUGACUGUUGACUGACUAUCUGAUUGGUUGAAACAGGUCGAUGGACUACAACAGUUAAUGGGUGCGUUACAAUGUAACCUUGCAUCAGCAAUGUUUCUGCCAUAUUGCAGCUCGUGACUGCAGGGGUUACAUAUGGAGUGAGUGAGCUUGGUUUAACGCCGCUUUUAACAGUUAUAUCACGGCGUGAGGAAAGCCCGAAGUGAUGCAGGUUUACCACUUCGGUGAAACCCACGAGCACGGGUAUGGUGCUG